AUGCCUAUGAAUUAUAUUACAUCAGAUCUAAAGACACAGUUGGGAGAAUAUUUAAUUGGAAUUGUAAAUCCAAUGCUAGAUGAAACAAUUACUGCUGCAUUGGAAAUACUCUCUCCAAGAACAAUUAAUUAUUUGACAUCGUUACCACACCCAUAUCAUAUUUUGAAUAAUUGUAUUUAUCCAUCCACUGCUUUUAACUAUUUAGAACCACAGAUAGAGAAACAUAGAAUCAAGAAUGCUCACAAGGACACCCGUGAUGCUACACCUAGUGUUUUAUUUUACUUGGGAGAUUAUGAUGAGAAAGAAGGGUAUUUGGAGUUUCCAGAGCAAAAUUGUAAGGUAUUUGUUAAACCUGGUGAUUUGCUAUUGUUCAAAGGCAACAAAUAUAAACAUCAAGUUGCUCCUAUUACUUCAGGAACCAGACUUGGACUUGUUUAUUUUGCUCACAAGGCUUGUAAAGUAAUGGACUUCUAUGAUGACUAUCAAAAGGAAUCAUUGAAUAAACAUAAACAACAAAACCAAUAA